AUGUCACAUACUUCAAAAUUACAUCAAUUGCUGAUACCCAUAACUUUAUUAAUAUGUAUGGUUAACGCGGAAAUGGAGAUGGAUGAUACAGAAGAAUUCACAAGACCAAAUAUAACAAAUGCAGGAUCCAAAACGUUCCAUUGGUUGAUGACUUUAUUAUUAUUACUGAUUGUACCUUCUUUAGCUACUGUUUUAACAUUUGCAGAAAAAUUACAUACUUCAGUUUUCCUUCAAUUAGUUUCUUUGGGGUAUGCUGCUUUAGAGGCUUUGUUUUUAAGAUUUCCAGAUGGUGAUGGUGUUGAAAAUAGAACAAGUAGAGGGACUGCUUGGUUUUUAUUAUUUUUAAAUGGUGCUACUGUAUUCGUUGGAUCUUUAAAUUCUGGAACAAAUUGGUUUUUAAAGAACAAGAAUGGGGGAGAAGUUCAUUGGAUAGCUAAUUUAGGUGAACGUUCAAUUAGAAUAAUUCAUAGAACUUUAAGUGUCUUGUUAACUUUAACAGGUUGGAUCAAGACAUGUUUAGCACCUGUGGCAAUGUUUGGAUUUUGUCGUGAAAUUCAUACAGGUCAAUGUAUUGCACAUGGUAUUAUGGGGACUGCAUUUAUUGGUUAUGGAUUAUUUUAUGCUUUAAUUCUUGUAUUACCAUAUUUUAGAGAAACAAGACAUAAAAAUUCACAAGAUUUCUAUGAUUCAUUAGUUAUGACAGUUUGGGGAAUUGUUAAUACUUUUACAGAACAUCGUUGGGGUCGUGAAGGUUGGGGUCAUGGUGAUUAUCAACAUACAGCUAUGGGUAUUAUUUGGUGGUCUGGUGGAUUAUUAGGUUUGUAUUUAGGGAGAGGUGGUAGAAGAACUUGGAUUCCAUCUUUAUUAUUAAUUUAUACUGGUUGGGCAAUGUCUGAACAUAAUCAACAUUUAGCUAUAAGCACUAAAGUUCAUUAUAUGUUUGGAUUAUCAUUAAUGCUUGGUGGUUUUAUUAGAAUUUUGGAAAUUACAUUUUUAUUAAAUGAUGAAAGAUCUAUUCCUGGUAAAAUCAUGUCAUUUCAAUAUUUACCAUCAUUUUGUCUUAUUGAAUCAGGUGUUAUGUUUAUGGCUGCUAAUGAAGAACAAUUAAGAUUAGUUUUAAGAUUAGAAGCUGAUCAUAGUUCAUAUAUCAUGGUUGUAACAUCAGCUGCAUUUUUGAUUUAUUUAUGGUUUUUAUUAUUGUUGGAAUUAUAUCAAACAUUAACAGCUAGUUAUAAGAUUGAUUUAACAAGAUAUGCAUCAGUUUCAGGAACGGAUCGUGAACAACAACAAAAUGAUGAUUUAGCAAGUUUUGAACUGGAUGAUUUAGAAGAAGAUCGUCGUUAG